GGACAACACAAUGCGCCACUCUCAUUAACAUCCACCUCGACACCCCUCUAACUCCCCUUCGCCUACCGCCUUUGCGCGCACAACACACACCUCUCGCGCGUCAUGGGCGUCCUCAACGAGAUUGCCCACCCCGUCUCCGUCUGGGUCGCGGGAGCGAGUACAUGGAAGGUGGCCGCGGCGGGCUUUGCCCUCUUCGUUACCCUCUCCAUCCUCCUCAACGUCCUCAGCCAGCUCCUCUUCCGCAAUCCCCACGAGCCGCCCGUCGUCUUCCACUGGGUCCCCUUCUUCGGCAGCACCAUCACCUACGGCAUUGACCCAUACCGCUUCUUCUUCGCGUGCAGGGAGAAGUACGGGGAUGUCUUCACGUUUAUUCUGCUCGGGAAGAAGACCACCGUGUGCCUGGGCACCAAAGGCAAUGACUUCAUCCUAAACGGAAAACUGAAGGAUGUCAACGCGGAAGAGGUGUACGGCCCGCUCACCACUCCCGUGUUUGGGAAAGACGUCGUCUACGACUGCCCCAAUGCGAAGCUGAUGGAGCAGAAGAAGUUUGUCAAGUUCGGCUUGACGACUUCUGCCUUCCAAUCAUACGUGGGACUGAUCGUAGGCGAGGUCAAGGACUACUUCUCCAAGGACAACCCACACAAGAAAUUCGCUUCCGACUCCGGCACCGUCAACCUGCCCGGUAUCCUCGCCGAGCUCACCAUCUAUACCGCCUCGCGUUCCCUCCAGGGCAAGGAGGUGCGCAAGACCUUCGAUUCCACCUUUGCCGACCUCUAUCACGAUCUUGACCAAGGCUUUGCUCCGAUUAACUUUAUGCUUCCCUGGGCCCCGCUGCCCCAAAAUCGCAAGCGUGACCGCGCGCAGAAAAAGAUGGCGGAGACGUACAUGGCCAUUAUUGAACAGCGAAGGAAAGAUGGCGACUUGAAAUCGGAAGGUCGCGAAGAGGACAUGAUCUGGAACUUGAUGAAUUGCACGUACAAGAACGGCACGCCCGUCCCGGAUCGCGAGGUCGCCCACAUGAUGAUUGCCAUGCUCAUGGCCGGCCAACACAGCUCUUCUGCCACAAUCACUUGGAUCUUCCUGCGUCUCGCCUCCAAGCCGCAUAUUCAGGAUGAAUUGAUUCAGGAGCAAAAGGAUGUUCUUGGGGUCAACGAGGAUGGCACGAUCAAACCCCUCACCUACGAUGAUCUUCCGCGACUCCCCUUGCAUAGCCAGGUCGUCAAAGAGACUCUCCGCAUCCACACGCCCAUUCACUCGAUCAUGCGCAAAGUCAAGCAGCCCAUGGCAGUCGAGGGCACCCCUUAUAUCAUUCCCACCACCCAUACCCUCCUCGCAUCUCCUGGAGUCACCGCCCGCACAUCAGAACACUUUCCCGAGCCGCUGGUGUGGGAACCGCAUCGAUGGGAUGAGCCGGCGUCGGAGAAGUUCACCCAUCUCGCGCCCAAACAUCUCAAAGAGGGCGUGCUCGAGGAGAAGGAAGAUUAUGGCUAUGGUCUCGUGUCCAAGGGCGCCGCAUCACCUUACCUUCCCUUUGGAGCCGGGAGACAUCGGUGCAUCGGCGAGCAGUUUGCUUACGUGCAGUUGCAGACCAUCUUGGCGACGUUGAUUCGGGACUUUAAAUUCCUCAAUAUUCCCGGCAAGGAGGGAGAAGUGGUCGGGACGGAUUACUCGAGUUUGUUCAGUCGACCUUUGCAGCCUGCCGUGGUAAGAUGGGAGAGACGGGAGAAGGCUUACUAGGUUGUUGUAUUUUUCCAGCUAGCGUGUGUUCAAUUGCUCAAUAUGAAACGCUGAGCCCGGGCAUGGUGUGCAUCGUUCGACCUCGUGGCUCAUACCGUUCAUUCAUUCAUGCCCCUCCCCCGCUCCCAAAAGCAAUAUGUCCCAACGAAGCAGACCGGAAGAUUGGCUUCAUCUGCACGCCAGAUGACCAUAUCUCGUCUUCGUGACCCCACAUUGAAGCCGAACGCAUCUUGGCGAGCGGGAUU